UUUCCUCUCAAACCUUUGUUCUUCCUCAAGUAAGUUUUUCAAGUAAUCCUCUUCAAUAAUUCUAGCUUCUAAUCUAGUUUUAUUUUUGAAAUUUAUAGGAAGAUCUUGCAAUUAUCAAAGGGAAGCAAAGAGGUUUCAAGAAUAAUUAAAGCCAGUCAAACUUUUGACUGUUGAUUUUUGUGUAAUCAAGAUCAAUGGCCGAUAGAAACGCUAGAAUUGAUGCUCAACUGAGGAAUUUAGUCCGAGUGACUACGAAUUUAGCUAGAAGAGGUCCUUCAAAGAAGAAGUCUGUUGAUUGGUUUAAGAGGGUUAGUGAUAGUAAACCGCCUUCUUAUGAUGGGAAGGGUGAUCCUGUUAAGCUUGAGAACUGGGUUAGGGAUUUCGAGAAGCUAUUCGAUGCUAUCCAAUGUCCAGAUAAUAGGAAAGUAGCUAUAGCUGCAUAUUACCUUAAGGAGGAAGCUGACUUUUGGUGGUCGCAGCAUAAGGAGACGUUAAUGGCAAGGCCUGACUUUGAUUGGAAGGCUUUCGGAGUAGCUAUGAAGGAGAAAUUUUAUCCCAAUUUCUUGAGGAGGCAAAAGGCCACUGAGUUUGAUGAGUUGAAGCAAGGUGACAUGACUGUGGAGCAGUACUAUGAGAAGUUUGUAGGAUUGAUGAAGUUUGCUCCGAGUUAGUACCUACUGAGGAAAGAAAGGCAAUUAGGUUCGAGACUGGACUUAGUCUUGAGGUGAAGCUUGGGCUAGGAGGUUCAACUUUCAGGACCUUAGAGGAAGUGUAUGAUAGAGCUGCUCAUUUAGGUUCCUAUUUGAAACAAGCUGGAGUUGAGAGCUCGAACAAUAAGAGGAAGGAGAAUCCUAGUCAUAAUUUCCAGAGGAACGACAAGAAGUUCAAGCCUCAAAAUAACUUUCACCAAGGAGGACAAUCUAGUGGCCAAAGGAAUGGAGGCCAAUAUCAACCACAGAAGGGUGGAAAUGGUUCUAAUAAGGGAAAGAAAGGAGACGAACGCGUGUAUUUCUGCAAGAGGUGCCCAUACAAUCAUCCUGGAAAGGAUUGUGAAGGAAAGCUGGUGGAGUGUAACUACUGCC